ACAAUCGGCACCCCGGCAGAAGUAAAAUUAAUGUGCAAUGAGCUGUUGGGAUUUGAGCCAGCCGAUAGGUUCCUAUCCACCACCAUGAUUAACGGGACAGCUGUCCCGGACAUUCAGGAUCUUCAUGCGGACAGCACAGACGAAGAAGUGUUGUUGGCAGCCCGCCGUUUUAUUUAUUAUUUAUUAAACGAUUUUUUAUUUCCCGACGCAACCAAAGGGAAAUAUAAAUUGUACUUGCUCCCAUACGUUAAUAAUCUGUAUAUUUGUGGUGAAUAUUCUUGGGGUUCGGCUGUUCUGGGAUGUCUUUACAGGGCGUUGUGUAGAGCUUCCGAAGCCGACAAACGUACAGUGUAUGGGUGUCUUCUUCUAGUCCAGAUUUGGGCAUGGGAGAGGCUGCCUAUGUUUCAGCCGCAAGGUGUAUUGCCGUGCAACCAAAUCGCUGACUACCCUAUUGCAUACAGGUGGGUUUGUCGGCAUUCUUGGUUAUCAGUGCCUACGCACACUGUCGUAGCCUAUCGCGAUCAAUUAGAUCGUGUAGCUGAACAUAGAUUUAAUUUCACCCCUUACGAUGACUAUCUCGAUGCCUUGCCCCCAUAUUGCACAGCGGGGAGGAAUUUGUGGACUGCUCGUGUUCCGCUUAUUUUUUACCACGUGGUGGAAUAUCACCACCCUGACCGGUUCUGCAGGCAAUUUAAUGGUUUGCAGGUUGUGCCAGCAGAUGUGGUGUACGACCAACGGUUGCACGAUAUGGACCAACGGGGUAGGUCUCGGACUAAUUGGUCACUAAAACACGCAGAGCACGUGGCCCGUUGGAAUGCUCGGUAUGAUUUGGUUAUCCACAUGCAAAGAACUGAUCGACCGCAGGUUGUGGAUGGGUACCACACAUGGUACUACAUGCACGGUCGACGGCUUAUUGGUAACCCUUCGCAUUAUGGUAACCAGGGAUUCGUGCAGUGUGCCGCAUCGCUGAAUGAUGCGAUGCAUGCUUUCAACCGGUUGAGGUUAGAUUCCCAUCAGGUCCUCGACAAUCCGGAAGCCGAUCGUGAUGCAUUCAUUAGGGAUGUUGAGCAGCGGAGUACUGAUAUGAUGAUCAAUACUGAGUACGAGUUCCUAUUGCACGUGGCGCCGCAGCAAUACUUUGGGGCCCCGAUGCUGGAUGAACCAUUUGGCCCUCGGCGUGCAGAUGGUCGUCGAGACAGGCCCAACAUGCGUGGUGGUCCAGCAAUUGGUGGUCGAGCUAGGUGCGCCGCGAAUCAACAAUUACAGGCGCAAUUGGUUUUUUAAAAUUUAGUUUUUUAAAAUAGGUGGGCCGAAUUAAAAUUUAGUUUUUUAAAAUAAAAAAAACUCGGACCGUGAAUGGCCGAUUUUUACAUUCAAAUUUUGUUUUUCAAAAUUAAAAACUCGGACAGUGAGGGGCCGAUUUUUGC